UACUCCUAUGAAAAAUCGGUUUUAAGAAUAAAGAAAAAAUAAAAUUCGAUUGCCUUUCAAGUUUCACCCAUUAGUAUAAGAUUUGUGGCUGGCUCUACACUCGCCGCCGCUCUCUGCAACAGUCUCACCCAUUUCUCCGCAAAAAUGGUUGUCCCUCCCCCAGUAAGGGCUGAAAGAGUGACGAAGUUUCUCAAACCAUACGUCCUAAGGAUGCACUUCACCAAUAAGUAUGUGAACGCACAAGUUGUCCACACACCAACUGCAACAGUGGCUGCUGCUGCUAGCACGCAAGAAAAAGCCCUAAGGUUGGCCAUGGAGAAGGAGAAAGAGAGCACUAGAGAUGUCGCUGCUGCUGCAAAGAUCGGCAGGAUACUCGCACAACGGCUGCAGGUCAAAAACAUACCAGCUGUUACAGUGUUCUACAACAGAGAUCAAAAGUACCAUGGCAAGGUGAAAGCAGUAAUUGAUCAGUUAGUAAAUGCAGGGGUGAAAUUGAUAUGAAUCCAACGUUGGCAUUUUUGUUAAUCUUGCAUCUGAUGAUGGUUGUGAAUCUUGCAUCUAAUAUAUCACUUAGUACUUGCAUUUUUGAAUAUUUCUGGCUCUAGAAUUCAAUGUUUUAAAUAAGCAUUGCCAGUAUCAUUGUUCA